CGCAUCUCUCUGACUGCGUUAAUGAUAAUCAUUUGGCAUAUUCGCAUCUUAACUCAUUCUUUUUUUCUUUGUCUCCUGCAUAUAUCGCUUAAUUUUCAUCGCCUCCGAUGAUGAUAUCAACCGUGAUGAUUUAUCUCAAUAGAACCGUUGUUCCGAGAUAAACCACAUAGAUCCAUGGAGGCGGAUCCAUGGAGGCGGAUCCAUGAAGGCGGAUCUAGGAGGCGAGUUCUAAACUUAAAUUCAAGUUUUAGCUAUCUUAUUGGUUCCCUCCGGUGAAGCAAUGAACGAAAAUCAACAAUCUCACUCAGAUCUGGAGUCUCAGACUCUCUCUCCUCUCCCCGCCGUUGGUUCUGCCGCACCACACCACGGAUCAGCUUCACCACCCUCCCCAGUUGCUAACCUUUCGCCCCCUACGGUAACAGCUCCGCAGUCUCCUGUACCUGUUGAUCCUUCUGGCUCUCUUGUAGCGGCGGUUGCUCCUUCUCAAGAUUCAGUACCAGAUCCAUUAGCAUGGUUGCCUGUCGUGUCGGUUUCUGUCGUGCCACUGCCCUCUCUCGGUUGUUUCCACAGGUACCCUGGGGAUGAGGUUGAUCUCGGUUCUAGUGUUGCACUUGCACGGUACCAAAUCCCACUGACUUUACGUCCGGGAGGUGAAGAGCAUAUGGAAGAUGGUGUGAUUGGUUGUGUUUUAAACUUCCCAGAUGCGGUUGUUCUAACUAGAUGCCGUGUUGCUCAUAUUGUUGGUGCUCUCUGGUCCAAGUCUUCUCUGGACGAUGAUUGGGAUUAUGAAGCCGAUGUCAUUGGAGGUACUUUUCAAAACGGUGGAACUGUGAAGGUUGGUUCUGGUGGAGCGGUGUACUGUAGGAAUCUCAAGCCCGUUGAAGCACCCGAUGGUUGUAUUGUGGCAAUACCUAUUGGGGGGAAAGUCAUUUGUUACGAUGACAUCAAACAGAUCGAUACCUCCUAUCCCGUGUAUGAAGAAGAGCUCUAGAAUGUUCCUGGUGCCUACGUUGUUUCCUACCCUUGGUUGUGUCCUUUUCCAUUUUCUUUAAAAUAAUUUCCUUGUAUGCGGUACUAUUUUGGCUAGUGUUUGUGUCUUUCAUGUCGUCUCGUUUGAUGUUUUUCAUGUUUAAAAAGACUGUUUCAUGGUUUAUCUUUCUACCUUCUUUUAAAAUAACAAACUGUUUCUAAAGACC